GCGUUGAGGUUGAUUCAAGAUGAUGGAGAUUGUGGGUGAAUAUGAGUACAACAGCAAGGAUCUCAUAGGGCAUGGGGCUUUUGCUGUGGUGUUCAAAGGGCGCCACCGAAAGAAGCCCAACCUUCAGGUGGCGAUCAAGAGCAUCACAAAGAAGAGUCUGGCAAAGAGUCAGAAUCUCUUGGGGAAGGAGAUUAAGAUCCUGAAGGAGCUCACUGAGCUGCAUCAUGAGAAUGUGGUGGCAUUGCUGGACUGCAAGGAGUCACAACUCAAUGUGUAUCUCGUGAUGGAGUACUGCAAUGGAGGCGAUUUGGCGGAUUAUCUCAAUGGCAGAGGAAGUCUCAGUGAGGACACCAUCAGGUUAUUCCUGGUUCAACUGGCGGGCGCUAUGAAGGCCCUGUUCGCCAAGGGGAUUGUCCACAGAGAUCUCAAGCCGCAGAAUAUUCUGCUGUCGCAUAGCAAUGGCAAGACUUUUCCGCCACCAUCAAAAAUCAAGCUGAAGAUUGCGGAUUUUGGCUUUGCCAGGUUCCUCCAGGAUGGGAAUAUGGCGGCCACACUGUGCGGAUCACCAAUGUACAUGGCUCCGGAGGUUAUCAUGUCCCUUCAGUAUGACGCCAAGGCGGAUCUCUGGUCACUGGGAACCAUUGUAUUCCAGUGUCUCACAGGGAAGGCACCAUUCCAGGCGCAGACGCCUCAAGAGCUCAGGAAUUUCUAUGAGAAGAACGACGGUCUGGCGCCCAAAAUCCCACCAGGAACUACUCCUGAACUCACAGAUCUGCUCAUGGGACUUCUCAGGCGCAAUGCCAAGGAUCGAAUGAGCUUCGACAGAUUCUUCAAUCAUCCAUUCUUGCAGCGUCCGGCCACACCGCAAACCCCCAAAGCGCCUUCGCCCAUUCCUACGGCUCCGGCGGCGGAGCCCGAGAGCGCCACCAUCGCGUCCAGUAGCCACAGUUCCGGCAAGUCCUCCUCCAGCCAGGAGAGCUCUGAUGACUUUGUGCUUGUGCCCAAUAAUUUACCCAGUGACGCCACUGUUGUGAACUACGAGCGCCGCCAGAGCCGUGUAUCUCUGGGUGCAUCGCCUCAGCAAGCGCCGGCCAGUCCACCUUCCAGACCGAGCACGCUGCCCAUCUCAGAGCCUAAGCCCGUGCCGCAACCCAUGCGCCAGGCCACAACUAUUCCUCGCAGUCAGCCGAUCACAAUGAAGCGUUCUGAGAAUCGCACGGCGCCGGAAAUCAGUUCUAUCUCUCCGCCGGCGGUGCAAUUUGUCAUCGGAACGCCGCCGGAUGGCAAGCGCAGGAGGUCCACCUCGGCGGGUUCACUGUCGGAAUCGCCGCAGAUUUGGAGUGAGACUCCGCCACCGCCUCCGUGCACGUGGCAAGUGAGUCCGGCGGCGUCUCAUCAAUCGCCACUGAGGCGAUAUCCUUCAGGAUCUCCGGUGCUGGCCGCCAAGAUGCCCAUUAAGCUCGCCAGUCAAAUUGUUUUGCCGGACUUCACGGGAUUGGGCGGUGCAACAGAGCAUCCAAUUACUUUCCAUGCUCCCGAAUUGCCGGCCGAGACAAUACUGGAGCGAGAACACAAUGAGACGCUGGCUAAGCUGAACUUUGUCCUCGCAUUGACGGAUUGUAUUCUGGAAGUGGCGGAUGCAAGGUGUGCCCCACUUUCUGCUCUAAUGUCAGCCGAUGCGCCACCAAUCACGCCACAUGCGCCGGAGCAUUGCAAGAGGGCAGAGCGUCUUGUGCUGCUUGUCAGGGCUUUACAUCUCCUCCGCUCAGGGAUGGUUUUGGCACAAGAACAACUUCAGCAAGGCCAAUUGAAGCCAUCCAACACUGUAAAGAAUGUUCUCCAGACGAUGAACAACAAGUACAGAUCGACUCUGUACGAAUCGAAGAGGCUAAAUGGCACUGGACUGCUAAAGAAAGCCACAGCGAGCAAUAUAACAGCCGAUAAGAUCCUGUACGAUCACGCCAUUCAGAUGUGUCAAUCGGCGGCACUGGAUGAACUGUUUGGGAAUCCUGAGGACUGCUUUGCGCGCUAUCAGACGGCUCAGAUACUGCUGCACUCGCUGGCGCAGAAGUGCAGCAAUCCGCAGGACAAGAUGCUAUCGUCCAAGUACAAGGAUGCCGUGGAGAAGAGACUGUACAUUCUGCAGCAGCAGGGCUACAUCUAUUCCACGCAAGAAGACGAAUUGGCGUAGAUCUCACCCCUUUUCUUAUAACACAUCACACGGAGGAUGAGCGAGAGGAGCAUAAAGUUACAUACUUUUAUACCACUAACGAGAGAUUUUCAUGAUUUUCCCUCUCAUUUAACCACUCCAAAGAUUUAUUUCUGUCACUUCUUUUCUUGUUGACUCUGUGUGAUGACGAUAUUGAUGAUUCUCAGAGAUCCAAUUGGAUGUUUAAUCACGCAAACAAGACGUAAAUUUAUUGGGUACAGACAAAAAAAAACAAAAAGAAUAAUCUACUAGUAUUUUUGGGCUUUCUGCAUAAAAAAAAACGUUUCACUAUUGAAAAAUUGCGUGCGUGAAUGAAUAAAGUUAACCUAAUUGUAGUUUUUGAGUGGAAUCAUCAGAAGUGCAGCUGGACAUGGUUGACGUGAUAAAGCAUAAUGUUUAAUUUGGUGCAUGAAAUUCCCAAAAACAAGAAUUACAGUGUGACACAACGAUUUAUCUUAGUUGAUUUUUGCGAGUGAACUUAAGCUGUAAGUUAGGCUUUUUCUAUUUUUAAUUUAUUGACUGUGAAGUUGGACAGACAUUUUGUGCCACACUGUAAUUACAUUUUCCACUAUCCUCUUUCACAUCAUAAGGAUAUCUUUCUCUAGAAUGAUACAUAAUAAUAAAAUCUAGUGGGAUAAACACAACUACAUGUAUUAUGUAAGUGACAAUAUAGUUGGUAAUAAAUAAGAAUACAAAAAAAUGAUGAGAAUAUCAGCAAAUGACAAAAUAUUGCAGAAGAAUGAUUCUUAGAAUGUUGUAAAUAUGAAUAUUUUAUUGCUUUAAAUAAAAUCACAGUGAAAAUUGCUUCAUAACA